AUGGCUUUCGAAGACCUUCCAUUUCCCUUCCAUGUGCUUGCACCGCCGAAAUGGUUCUCAGGUGUCCCGAAUCUCUGUAAAAGGGCUCAUGGCCAGUUUGCUUAUCAGGUUUUUCGAAUCUCUGCUGGAUAUGUUACGGAUACCAGUGAUAGGGUCUUAAAUACUAAUGGGUCAGAGUCAGAGAAUGAAUGGGAGAAGUUGCUUAAGCCGUUUGACCUCAAUGAACUUAGGAAGUCACUUGUUCAAAUCACUCCAAUUCAGCUUUGUAAGUUACUUGAACUUCCACUCGAUGUGCCCACUUCGAUGGAGAUAUUCGAGUUGGUAGGUGCCCAGAAGGGCUAUUGGCAUUCUUUUGAUGUGUACUAUGUGUUAAUUGAUAAGCUUGGGGCGGCCGGGGAGUUUAAGGUUAUAGAUAGGCUGUUGAUGCAGAUUAUGGAGGAAGGGAUUGUGUUUAGGGAGUCCCUUUUCAUUAUGAUUAUGAAGCAUUAUGGGAGAGCAGGUCUGCCCGGACAAGCAACUAGGCUGCUUUUGGAUAUGAGAGGUGUUUAUUCUUGUGAACCAACUUUCCGAUCUUAUAAUGUUGUAUUGGAUAUACUCGUGGCUGGGAAUUGCCCAAAGGUUGCUCCCAAUGUCUUCUAUGACAUGUUGAGUAGGGGUAUCUCUCCCAAUGUCUACACAUUUGGGGUGGUUCUGAAAGCACUUUGUAUGGUUAAUGAGGUGGAUACUGCUUGCUCGCUUCUGAGAGACAUGACAAAGCAUGGGUGUGUGCCAAAUUCAGUGGUUUACCAGACUCUUAUACAUGCACUCUCCAAGAAUAAUCAAGUGAAUGAAGCAUUGAGACUUUUGGAGGAAAUGUUUUUGAUGGGUUGCACACCUGAUGUUCAGACUUUCAAUGAUAUUAUCCAUGCUUUCUGCAAGGUCAAUCGGACUCAUGAGGCAGCAAGGACAGGGCAAGUUGAGGAAGCAAGGGCAUUGUUGAACAAAGUGCCUAGCCCAAAUAUUGUGCUUUUUAAUACCUUGAUAAAUGGGUAUGUUAUGAGUGGACGGUUUGAUGAAGCCAAAGUUGUUCUAUAUGAUGGUAUGCUAGGUAGUGGCUGUGAACCUGAUGUAUAUGCAUUUAACAUACUGAUUCAUGGACUCUGCAAGAAGGGCCGUUUGGGUUCUGCUCGUGAAUUGGUCAAUGAGAUGGAAAUUAAGGGUUGCAAGCCCAAUGUGAUAACUUACACCAUAUUGAUUGAUGGGUUCUGCAAGGAGGGUCAACUGGAGGAAACUGGUGAUGUUUUAAAUGAGAUGUCAUACAAGGGAUUAAGUCUGAAUAUUGUGGGAUACAAUCGUUUAAUAUCUGCUCUAUGCAAGGAUGGGAAAGUUCAUGAAGCUUUAAAACUGUUUAGUGAAAUCUCAAGCAAUGAAUGUAAGCCAGACAUAUUUACAUUUAAUUCUCUAAUAUAUGGACUGUGCAAGGUUGAUAAGAUGGAAGAGGCCUUAGGGUUGUACCGUGAUAUGGUACUGGAGGGUGUUAUUGCCAACACUGUUACUUACAACACAUUAAUUAAUGCUUUCUUGACUAGAGGUGCGAUCCAAGAAGCACUUAAGCUUGUAAAUGAAAUGUUAUUUAGAGGAUGCCCUCUUGACAAAAUAACCUAUAAUGGGCUAAUAAAGGCACUCUGCAAAGCUGGAGCUGUUGAAAAAGCAAGGGGAUUGUUUGAAGAAAUGAUAAUGAAGGGACUUCAUCCCAAUAGUAUCUCAUGCAAUAUUUUGAUUAAUGGUCUGUGUAGAAGUGGCAAAGUAUAUGAUGCACUUGAGUUUUUAAGAGACAUGAUUCAUCGGGGUUUGAUGCCAGACAUAGUCACUUAUAAUAGCCUGAUAAAUGGUCUGUGCAAGUUGGGACGCAUUUCGGAAGCUUUGAAUCUCUUUGAUAGGUUACAAGUUGAAGGGAUAUGUCCUGAUGUUAUUACUUAUAACACUUUGAUCAGUUGGUAUUGCAAAGAGGGCAUGAUUUAUGACGCUUGUUUACUUUUAAAUAGAGGUGUGAAUAACGGGCUCGUUCCAAAUCAUUUGACUUGGUAUAUACUGGUCAGCAACUUAUCUAAGGAAAGAGAUGAGGGUGGAUAUGGAGGGAACAAACUGGCUGGCUGUCUCAUCUCGUCAAAAGUUUUUUGCUGGUUGAAGCAGAACAAUUCACAUUAUGAUGUGAGAGUAGUAGCUUGCAUCCGUACUGUUAGGAAGUUUCUAGAGGGAGCUUUUAAAGUGUCAUAUAGAAGAGGUUAUGGCCAUGAUCUGAUAAACCCAAUGCAGCACGUUUUGGAUAAUCAUUUACCUUGGUGGGGCUUGGAAUUGUGCAAAUUCCAGUCAGAGCUGAUCCAUGACAACAUGUGA